AUGGCGGAGGGUCUCAAAGCGUCAUGCAAGAAAAUACUGCAGCGCUUGCAGCAGCAGGAUGUGGAGGAGUUUUGCUGCGUCUUAUGCACCCAGCACGUGCGCGGGCAAGACGCGCUGAUGCAGCACCUCAUUACUGAGCAUCAGGUGCACUGCCUUCACUUUGACAACGUGGUCGAUCUCCCUCGACUGCUGGAGCACCUCUCGACACUGCUGCACAGUCAUGUGGCUUUUCCUGCGCAGUGGGUGUGCCCCGUGUGCGGUGAGGACACCGCAUCGGAAAGUGUGGAGACCCUGGUUCGCCAUAUGCGCCUGACCGGACACCAAUACUGGAACCCGCACACAAUUCCCAGCAUGGCGACGUGGUGCGUAACGGGCACCUCUGCGCCCACUGGGCCGGCCGACAGGGCGUUCGCGGCGACGGCUACGCCAGCCAUGUGUGCAUCCUCUUCUCCGGCGCCGCGAGGGCCAGGGCGAGGCGACGCGGAUGAGGAGGUCACCGACUCGGAGUGGAACGAUAUCGAGGACGAGGAGGUGGACGAGGACGAGGACUGGAACUUGGAGUGUGUUUGCCUUUACUGUGACUACAGCGGAGAGGACGUCCUCCAGCACCUCAGGACCAAUCACAACUUCGAUUUCCGCGCCAGUGUGCAGCGGCGACCUGACUUGCACGACGAGUACGACCUGAUUCGUCUGGUGAACAUGGUCAGACGUGCUGUGUGCAGCGACCGCUGCCCGUACGGGGACGAGUGCGACGUUGACGGCAAGCAGAACGAUCGCGCUGCGCUAGAGGCGCACCUUGCAGUUCAGAAGGAGCACCGUCUGCCGCGGCGCGUCUCGACGAGCGACGCCGAUCUGAUCCCGGUCCUGCCCGGGGACGCCUUCAUCUCCAUGCUGGUAACGAGUGGUGAAGGCUUUCUCCAGGCUGAGGAGGAGGAUCCAGACUUCCCGAUGGUGCCCACGGUGCAGGAGCUAGCUGCGGCAGCGUCGCGCGCGCCGCACACGACGAAAUUGCUUUCGAGUACUUAG